ACUGCUCAGCAGUAGUAUCAAAAAGCAAAAAGCGAAGCUCGCGUCAAUAAUUCAUAUAGACUAAUUAAAAAGUUGUAAUAAAAACAUCAUCAAGAUGCCUUGCAAAGGAUGCGGAAACAACUGCCAGUGUACUGCCGGCCAAUGUGGAGGUAACUGCGCCGGAAACCAACAAUGUCAAUGUGCCAGCAAACCAGCUUCCAAGUGCUGCCAAAAUAAAUAGAUGUUCAUCAACCCAUUUAUUCUAUACCUAUGACUGACUACAUAAACUUCAUGCUUUAAUAAAUUUUAGAUAUAUAUUUGAAUCUUAA